CUCUCUCUCUCUCACACCAUUUUCUCACCAAACCCUAGCGAGUCGAAUCGCAGCCAGCAGCUAUGGCGAUCCGGCACCUCCUAAAUCUAGCCCGUCGGUCUAGGAGAACUAUCGCUUCCCGAUGCGGAAAGCCUUAUUCCUCAUCCUCCGCAGCCGUUGCAGCCGCCGGAAAUGACACUCUGGCGCCGUCGCCGCCGCCUCCAACCGCCAUGAUCUACGAUCGCCUAGCCGAAUCCGUGAAACAUAAACUGAAGCGGCUAGAAAACCCCGACUCGCGCUUUCUCCAAUACAACUCCCCCCACCCAGUUUUGGCCGACCACACUGCAAUCCUCACUGCCCCUGCUACCCGCGUCACCACUUUGCCGAACGGACUAAGAGUUGCCACCGAGUCCAACCUCGCCGCUAAAACUGCCACCGUCGGCGUGUUCAUCGACGCCGGCUCUCGGUUCGAGACGGAGGAGACUAAUGGCACCGCUCAUUUCCUCGAGCACAUGAUCUUCAAGGGCACCGAGAGACGGACGGCUAGGGAGUUAGAGGAGGAGAUUGAGAACAUGGGAGGACAUCUAAAUGCAUACACUUCCAGGGAGCAAACUACGUUCUAUGCCAAAGUCUUGGAUAAGGAUAUCCCUAGGGCUUUGGAUAUAUUGGCGGAUAUUAUUCAGAACUCGAAAUUUGAUCAGAAACGUAUCGAAAGGGAGCGAGAUGUAAUUCUCAGGGAGAUGGAGGAGGUGGAAAGUCAGACUGAGGAGGUUAUUUUUGACCAUCUUCAUGCAACUGCCUUCCAGUACACCCCUCUCGGCAGAACAAUUCUUGGACCUGCUCAGAAUAUUAAGACAAUCACCAAAACGCAUCUAAAAGACUACAUCAUGACACACUACACUGCUCCCCGAAUGGUGGUUGUUGCCUCUGGUCCUGUUAAACAUGAAGAGUUUGUUGAUCAAGUUAAGAAACUGUUCACAAACCUGUCAACAGAUCCAACUACUGCUUCACAGUUAAUUGCCAAGGGACCUUCAGUCUUUACUGGCUCAGAGGUCAGGAUGAUUGAUGAUGACAUUCCUUUGGCCCAAUUUGCCGUUGCCUUCGAAGGUGCAUCCUGGACAGAUCCUGAUUCCGUUGCUCUGAUGGUUAUGCAGUCCAUGUUGGGAUCAUGGAAUAAAGGUGCAGGUGGCGGGAAGCACAUGGGUUCUGAGCUUGCACAAAGGGUUAGCAUAAAUGAAAUUGCAGAAAGCAUGAUGGCAUUCAAUACCAACUACAAAGACACUGGUCUCUUUGGAGUCUAUGCAGUUGCAAAGCCUGAUUGCUUGGAUGAUCUGGCAUAUUCAAUUAUGUACGAAACUAGUAAGUUGUGCUAUAGAGUUUCGGAGGCUGAUGUGACUCGUGCACGUAACCAGUUGAAAUCUUCUUUGCUGCUUCACAUGGAUGGAACCAGUCCUAUUGCUGAAGAUAUUGGUCGUCAGCUUCUUACAUAUGGCCGAAGAAUACCAUUCGCUGAAUUAUUUGCUAGGAUUGAUGCUGUAGAUGCAAGCACAAUCAAACGUGUUGCAAACCGGUUUAUAUUUGAUCGGGAUGUUGCUAUUUCAGCUGUGGGUCCUAUCCAGAACUUACCCGAUUACAACUGGUUCAGACGCAGAACCUACAUGCUCCGCUACUAGUUUCUCAAUAAACUGGAGCUGUUACAAAAUCACUUUUUCUGUGUUCAGAGUGGCAUAUUUCAAGAUCAACUAGGGCUAACUCUCAAGUCUUCCUGCUAUUCUUUUCGCCCUCUGCUUUUGUUUCCUGUAAAAUUUUUCCAAGCAACGAAAAUAAAUAGCUUGCGUUCAGCACAUUAUGUCAAUCACAGGCCCAAACCAGAUUUAUUCUUCCAAAAACUGAUAGCAUCCAUAAAUGCUGGUACAAUGAGUGUUCAUCUGGUUUGGAUAGAAGACAUGUAAUUUUGCCAGAUUUUCUUUAAUGUAUUCAGUACUCCGGAUUGUUGCAGAAUUUUUCAUAUUGUGCCAUGUGAAGGUGCAACUCUGAGUGGUAUAAAUGACCCAUUUUGGAUUAUAGAUUCCAAAAUGUCUUCACAUUUU